AUUCGACUCGUGGCGUCUGCAUCAAGUCUGAAAGCAGACGCGCAACUUUCGCAGAAUCCACCUUAAAAUCUCUGCCUUAAACUGCACCAGCCCCCAAAAAGCCAAGGGGGGAAAAGAAGGGGGGGAGAGCAGAGUCCCCCCUCCCCCCUCUCCUCUCCCAUCCCUCCCCCUUCCUCCUCCCUUUGAGUUAACAAGGCCCCGCUCACUAUAUCUCUUUAUAUUAAAAAUAUAUAUAUUAGAGAAGAGCGAGGGAGAGGGAGAACCACCUCCGCCCCCUCUCUUUUUUUAAAAAAAUUUUUAAUUUUUUUUUUUUUUUUUUGCAAGGAUCCCAAGAGCUAAGGUGGCUGCAGAGGGGAGAGCGGCGCGAGCCAAGUGGGGGAGGGUGGAGGAAACCCGGGAGAAGGCUUUCUCCAGCCCCCAAAGUUUUGAUGAUGACCAUGACUACGAUGGCUGACGGCUUGGAAGGCCAGGACUCCUCCAAAUCCGCCUUCAUGGAGUUCGGGCAGCAGCAGCAGCAGCCGCCGCCGCCGCCGCCGCCGCAGCAGCCGCCGCCGCCGCCGCCGCCGCCGCACUCCCAACAGAGCUCCCCGGCCAUGGCAGGCGCGCACUAUCCCCUGCACUGCCUGCACUCGGCGGCGGCGGCGGCGGCGGCGGCCGGCUCGCACCACCACCACCACCAGCACCACCACCACGGCUCGCCCUACGCGUCGGGCGGCGGCAACUCCUACAACCACCGCUCGCUCGCCGCCUACCCCUACGUGAGCCACUCGCAGCACAGCCCUUACCUCCAGUCCUACCACGGCAGCAGCGCGGCCGCCCAGACGCGAGGGGACGACACAGAUCAACAAAAAACCACAGUGAUUGAAAACGGGGAAAUCAGGUUCAAUGGAAAAGGGAAAAAGAUUCGGAAGCCUCGGACCAUUUAUUCCAGCCUGCAGCUCCAGGCUUUAAACCAUCGCUUUCAGCAGACUCAGUACCUGGCCCUUCCCGAGAGAGCUGAACUGGCAGCUUCCUUAGGACUGACACAAACACAGGUGAAGAUAUGGUUUCAGAACAAACGCUCUAAGUUUAAGAAACUGCUGAAGCAGGGCAGUAACCCGCACGAGAGCGACCCUCUCCCGGGCUCCGCGGCCCUGUCGCCGCGCUCCCCAGCGCUGCCUCCGGUGUGGGACGUUUCCGCCUCGGCCAAGGGCGUCAGUAUGCCCCCCAACAGCUACAUGCCAGGCUACUCGCAUUGGUACUCCUCUCCACACCAGGACACGAUGCAGAGGCCACAGAUGAUGUGAGUUAUCCGAGGGCAAAAGAUACCCUAGGGAGACGUCUGAACAAGGCAAGGAGGAUCCGGGACCUGCUUGCAUCUGCCAAACCGAGCCGAAGGAGCAGGCUCCGGAGAACUCUUUAUGUGCGGCCAGACUGUCUGGGCGCUUGUUCCCUUCUCUCUCUUCUCCCGUCCUCUCGGUCUCUCUCUCACACUCUUCCUUUUUUUUUUUUCCCCCCUCCCUUCUUCCCAUUUUUCUUUUUAAAAUUCCUUUCCUCAUCUGCCUUUUCCCUUGAGCAGCCUCAGUAAUUGAUUUUGAAUCUUAGAGAGAGAGAAGGAGAAAGAGAGAGAGAGAGACUGGUUUCUAGGCCAGUGCUCCUGAAGCCUCUCACUGUAAGGCUAUUUUCCCUCACCCCUUGGGAUCCAGGCUCUGAGCCUCUGUUUCUCUUUGGGAGUAUCCAUCAAAACGACUUUUUAAAGCAGACAUUUUCCCCCACCAGAAGAAUCUGUGCAAACAUGGCAGCGUUUUUACUUGUUUAAUGAGCUUAAGACAUUACAUGAUGAAAAAGAAGCAGUUUGGACUCCUGCAUUUUUAUUUACAAUCCCAGACUGACAAAAAAAAAGAAAAAGAAAGGACAGAAAAGAAAAAGAAACCCUGACUUAACAGCCCUUCUCUAAAGAAAAGGGAAAAUUCGGCUGUAAGAUUAGAACAUUGCCACGAAAGGAAUGCUGCAUGUUUUAUCAAAAUGCAAUGAGCAAGAAUGAUGAUUUAAACAAAACAAAACCACUUUCCCUCCACCCCUACCCCCAAACCCUGAACUGGAAUCAGGAAAGACAGAGGAAACAACCAAAAUCACCAUUCUAUUGCUUUGAUAUCUUUACUAGGUGAAUUGGUGGCAUUCACUAAGCUAAUAGGGACAUUUAUAUCAAGAAACAUUUCUGUAUAUAUUGUUGAAUUUUAGUUGUACAUAUACUUUGUAUGUUUUUGUCUUCUUUCAUAUAUGGAGUAAAAGCCACAAAACGCU